UCAUGAUCUUGGCCAUGAGGGCUAUAUAUAAAGGACAUCUCGUUUGGGUAGAUCUGCUGCAAAAACCAAAACAAAGUUGCAAUAAAAAACAGAUGAGUUUUGACAUGACCGAGAGUUUUGGAUCCAAAAGGCGGUUGGGAUUUGGCGGGCUAAGAAAGAAACGAAUGAGCAUACCCGAGAACAUCUUUCCCGAAACCGCCGUCCAAACCAACAUUCCUAAAUCCAUCCCAAAUACUCCUUCACUCCCUACACCACCCAAACCUUACAACGCUGCCCUCCAAGCCGCAACCAAUGGCAACAUUCCAGUUGCUUUUCGCACCUUUGCUUCCCUCCCCCAUCACGCCCCAUCUCAAUAUGCCCUUGGCGUCCUGUACACACAAGGACUAACACCCGAUCAUGAACCGAACCACACCCUCGCAGCUCACUAUUAUACCCUUGCAGCCGAACAAGGCUACGCCCCAGCACAAUGCAAUCUAGGUGUAUCCUAUGCCGCAGGCGUAGGCGUCCCUCGCGACAUGUCCAAAGCGGUCGAAUGGCUACGACGGGCAGCAGGAAAAGGACAUGGGGAGGCCAUGUGUAAUUUGGGCAGAAUACUUUGGGAGGGUGUUGGAGUCCGUCGGGAUGUCGCGGAAGCACGACGAUGGUUUGAGCGGGCUGCUGUUCGAGGGGUCGAGGUUGCAAAGGUUUGUUUGGAUGUGUUGGAUGAGGAGGAGCGGCAGGAGGCGUAAGAUGUGCAUUUUGGGCUGUGUGGGUAGGAUGUACAUUUGAACCCUAUGCCCGGAAUGGGAAGGGCGAUGAUCGGAUGUACAAGAGUAUUGUCGUUAGUUUAUUUGUACGUUUUCGGGUCAGCGUGGAAGAUAUAUUCGUUUGUUUGUUUGAAAAAGAGUUGUGUGAAAUCACGGUUUUUGAAAAAGGUCCAUCACCAACAAUACAAACCGUCCAUCAUCCGAG